AUGUAUGAAAAAGUUCAUCAAAAAACUUGGUACAAAUACUUAUUACCGAUAAAAUCCGACAGACUGGCUCCAACUAAACGAAAUAAAAUUAUCAGUCCAAUCUCCACGGCGUUAUCCUCAUCAGUUUUAUUAGCACAAAAUCAACAGCAGCAGCAGGAACCGCCGCCAUCUGAAUCCAUCGAAUCAUUACCAGAUCAUCCAUUGAUAACAUCCUCACCGGAGAAAGGUCAUGUAGCCGUCUUCUCAUUAAGUAGUUCAUCAUCAUCGAGUUUAUCUUCUUCAUUAUCGUCGUUGUCAAGCAUGGCUGCUACAGCAAGAAUUACCGAACAAAAUUCAGAAAAUGGAGUGGGAACAAAUCGACCAACAUCAGCCAAUUGUAUAAAACGCUUUAAUUAUUGUUAUGAUGUGUCAGAUGAUAAAUCAGCGGCAAACAAUUGUUCUUCUCUACCACUCGCAUCUUUCACAUCAUCAUCGAAUACUUCAUCUUCCAGUUCGUCUUCAUCAGAUAAACAAUCUGGACAGUCUUAUUCACAACAACAACGUCGAACACCGAAUUGUUAUCAACAGUAUAAACAAGCUAAUACACCAUACGAAUAUCAAUUAACGUCACCUGUUAAACUACAAACAAAUGGUACACAGACUAUAUCUACGAAUACUAAUAAUAAUCAACAGCAAUCACUGCCACUAAAUCGUUAUUAUCCUACUCGAACACAAACCUCGGCUAAUAAUAAUGACUCUAAAAACUCUAAUACAACGACAAAUAAUAAUAAUAUCUAUAAACCAAUAUCAACAGAAUAUUCUAUCGAACAAAAUUUAUUUAAUAUUGUACGUUUCGAUAUAGUCAAAAAUAAUUUUUCCGACUACUACAAAUUAGGUGAUUUUGUUCGAAGUGGUGGCUUUUCCGAAGUACACGAAGGUGUUCGAUUAUCCGAUAAUAGAAAUGUUGUUAUCAAAUUCAUUCCAAAAGAGAAAACAAAAAAUUGGUUAAGCAUUAGUAAUAAAAAAUAUCCAGCUGAAAUUUUAUUACAUAAAUGUGUUCACGAAAUACAAGGCGUUAUACAUAUUCAUGAUUAUUUUGAGUCACCUGAAUUUUGGAUACUUGUUAUGGAUCGUUUACGUCAUUGUCAAGAUUUAUUUGAUUAUUUGGAAGCUAGACAUCGUGGACGUUUAAGUGAAGCGGAUGCAAGAAAAUUUUUUAUACAAUUAGUUCAUAUUAAUUUAGCCAUGAUACGUAAAGGCGUUGUUCAUCGAGAUUUAAAAAGUGAAAAUAUUCUAGUUGAUUUAGAUACAGAUUCUCUGGUAUUAAUUGAUUUUGGUGCAAGUGCGAUUUAUAAAGGAUUAUCAUUUUAUUCUGAUUUUCAUGGUACAAGACAAUAUAAAACACCAGAAUAUAUAUUAAAAAAACGUUAUUCGGCUGUACCAUCUACUGUUUGGACAUUAGGAAUAUUAUUGUACGAUAUGGUAACUGGCCGUUUACCGUUUGAAAAUGAAGAAGAGAUAACACGUUAUAAAUUAAUUCUAAAACCAUUUUUAUCAGCUGAUUUAAAAAAUAUAAUAGUACAAUGUCUACAAUUGAAUCCUGAUCGUCGUCCAUCAUUCGAAUCUCUAUUAGAACAUCCAUGGAUUAAAAAUGGUAUAGGAACGUCGAACUAA